AUGGCCGUGCUCAUCCCCUUCUUCCAGCAGUUCUCUGGCAUCAACGUCAUCAACUUCUACGCACCCGUGCUUUUUGAGACGCUCGGUUUUAAAGGGGAUGCGUCGCUCGUGUCGUCAGUUAUGACAGGCGGCGUCCUCGUGCUUGGCUCGCUGGUGACAAUGCUCAUCGUCGACAGGCUGGGGCGGCGGAAGUUGUUCCUGCAGGGUGGCGCGCAGAUGCUAGUGUCUCAGCUCGCGGUGGGGACGCUGAUCGCGGCAAGGUUCGGGACGAGCGGCGUUGGAGAGAUGCCCAAAGGCUACGCGGCGGCGGUGGUGCUCUUCAUCUGCUUGUACGUGGCGGGCUUCGUGUGGUCGUGGGGUGCGCUGGGGUGGCUGGUGCCGAGCGAGAUCUUCCCGCUGGAGAUCCGGUCGGCGGCGCAGAGCAUCAACGUAUCGGUGAACAUGCUCUUCACCUUCGUCAUCGCGCAGGCCUUCCUCACGAUGCUCUGCCACAUGAAAUUCGGGCUCUUCUACUUCUUCGCCGGAUGGGGGGUGGUCAUGACCGUCUUCGUCGCGCUCUUCCUGCCGGAGACUAAGAACGUCCCCAUCGAGGAGAUGGUGCUCGUCUGGAAGGGACACUGGUUCUGGAGAAGGUUUGUCGGAGAUGACGACAUCCACGUUCAAGAGCCUUGA